AUGGUCAAAACAUCGCGAAACCGUGAUUUUGGGACCCAUUUCCAAAGGGAUUCACUUUUCUAUCCAACUUUCUCGACAUUUACUUUCAAAAACGUUUUUGUUUUAGUCCUCGCCGGAAGUGUCGCACUACGACACGUGGUCCUCUCCGCACCCGCUCACCCAACACGCAUCCAACUAUCAUCGAAUUCUGCGUCGCGAACUCGAAGAAUUGGGUCCGGACGCGGAUUUGCUCAAAAAAAUGGAGGCGGUGUCGCGGAGGACGUCGGCGGCAGCGGAAAAAGACGAAAAGCACGAGUCGAACGAACGGAAGGCGCUCAAAAACGGAGCGAAACUCUUCUUGACGGUCACGCAGGCCUACGAGAUGCACGAGGCGAAGAAGGUGAAGGUGGAGGUGGACGGGGUGGAGAUGGACGUUCCGAUCGGGCCGGACCUCUGGAGACACUUCAUGCCGCCCCCCAACUACCAGCUCAACAACGACCUCGUACGGUUUUUUGGUAUUUCGACAAAGUAAUAUUAUCUCUGAUAUUACAGAUGUCGAUGACGCUGGACAAACAGAUCGAGUCGUAUCUGCAGCUGAAACGUGGAAGUGUGUACAGCAACAAAAGCUCGUACUGCAAAGAGAAGCCGUGCCGCCAGUAUUAUUGCCCGUCGUGCUCGAACAAACUGCACUCUGGCCCGAAGCAGCACACGCUCCUGCCGGCCGGAAAACCGGAGCGUCGUCCGAGAAAGGACAAAAAUAUGUACCUUGUCCACUAA